AUGAAAGAUACAACAAUCACGAAAAAUGAUGGAAGUCAACUGCGGAUACAAUGUCAGCCAGAAGUUUUAAACAUGUUACUCUCAAAGGCAACAGAUCCAUCAGUCAAGAGCUUGGUUAUGUUGAAACUUCUUAAUCAAGAAACAUCAUGUUCACCAUCCAUCCAUAAAGGGUCAGGUGACCAGCGCUCAAGGUCAAACUCUUCUGACACUUCACCAUCAUUAACUUCACCACCAUCAUUGGCUACAUCUGAAUCCCCCAUUACAUCUAGUGAAAGUAGCUCCAGCACACACACUUGGAAGGCAGAGGAAGAAGACUUAUUGGUAAAUCUGAGGCAUGAUAAGAAUGACAAAUUUUUGCAAAGCAAAAACCAUACUGCCUUGUGGAAAGACAUUAGUGCUCAACUGAAUGAAACACUGAAGUGCAAUGUUUCCCCAAAUCAAGCAAUGAACAAGUACUACAGUAUGAAAAAAUGGUGGAAAGAAAUUAUUGAUGCACCAACUGGAACAGAAAGGAAAUAUUUUAGGCAGAAAGAUCAGUUUGAUGAAAUGUAUGGUACAAAAGAAAGCACAAAAACAACAGUAAUGGUAGACACAUUGGAAAAGAAAUCAGAGACGCAAGGGCAAAAAAAAAAAUAA